CCUAAUCCCCCCAAAUGCAACCCACCAGUCCCACUCCUCUUUUUCUCUGAAAAUUGAAAAUUCAUUUGGAGAACCUAGUCCCCAAACGCAGCCCGCAUCUCCGCAACCACCAACCCUCUCCGUAGUCAUCGCCGAACUCUUCUCCUCCGAGAACAGGUGUCGCGUGUGGAAAUCUGUCGCCGUCAUAGCCGUCGCCAUCCUAGGAAGCUCUGUUCUGUCGCCGUUGUGUGGAAGUUCUGUCGCCGUUGUCGUCUCCUCUGUUCGAGCUCUCUCUGUAUCUUCGCCGGCAGUUCGCACUCUUCUGUCGUCGCCGUCACUCUCCUUCCUCUAUCGCCGCCGUUGAAUUCAAUUGAAUGAUUGAUCCAAUAACCCUUGGCUAUCCUUCAAAUCCUAAACCAGUAAACCCUACAGCUGAGAAAGCCAAACCAUCAACCAUGAACAUGGAUAGGAUCAGUUUCUUACCCGACUCUAUCCUUUGCGACAUUCUCUCAUACCUCCCAACAAAACAAGCUGUAUCCACCAGCAUCCUCUGUCGCAGGUGGCGCCAUGUUUGGAAGGAUCUCCAAGUCCUUGACAUAGAGGAUAGACCCUUUUGGUCCCGUCGGGGAUAUCGGUUUGAUUCAUAUGUGAAUGCUGUUCUAUCUCAGCGCAGUGCAAAUUACCCUAUCAAAAAGUUUCGCCUCACUUCCUAUAAUAGUUCAGAGGAUCUCAUCUUAACAUGGCUUGAUGCCGUCAUUGGUCCCCAUCUCCAGGAACUCUAUCUCUUCAUUGGUUUAAUGAGGAGAAUCAAGUUGCCUGAAUCCAUAUUCACUUGUGUAUCACUCAAGUCCCUUGUUUUGAAACGUUAUAGUCAUUUGAAUUAUUAUCCAGAGUUUCCAAAUGUUUAUCUGCCAUCCCUCAAGAAUCUAGAGUUGGAAAUCGUCUCUGUGGACCCCAGCAAGCUUUUAUCCGGCUGCCCUGUUCUUGAAGUUCUUAAGCUCAUUCUACAAAACACGACCCAAGAAGGUUUUCAUGUUUAUGUACCUACAAUCCAGAUGCCUCGCACAUUGAAAAGUUUAACCUUUGAAGAUUACACUAGCUUGAUGGAAGAGAUUAACGUUCGGGAAAUAUACACUCCAUUUCUUGAAUACCUGCAUAUGAGAACGGUGGCCUCGGCGAACUCUGAGCUACAGGUAUCAGUUAUCAAUUUUCCCAACAUGGUGGAGGCACAUCUUGAUAUUUGUCAUGAACGUGUUGAGCAUGGGGCUUGGGUGCCCAAGCUCUUCAAGGCACUCCGCGAAACAAAAUUGUUGGCAUUGAAAUAUGAAACAACACAGUGCUUAUUUAGUGCUCCAGCUUUCGAGUUUCCAGAAUUUCACUGUUUGCUCAAUCUAGAGCUUGAUGUUCCAUGUUUCAACGCAAACUUCCUGCUAAACUUCCUUCAUAAUUGUCAUGUACUUGAAGCUCUUGUAAUUUGUAUUUGGAAGCGAGCAUAUGCUCACCCGGUGGAAUAUAAUGGGCCAAGACCACCAAGCAUGGUUCCCAAUUGUUUGACAUCACAUCUCAGGAGUUUUGAGUUUAGAGGAUAUCAAGACUCUACAGAUGAGCGUGAAUUUAUUGCAUAUCUUUUACAAAGAGGACUUGUUUUGAAGACAGUGACAAUUCAUCUUAAAUCUGAUUUCGACCUAGAGACAAAGUACAUUAUUCUCAAGGGAUUAUCUGCUAUACCGAGGGGCUCUCCAAUAUGUCAGCUUAAUUUCAUUGACCACAAUCAUGGUUGAUGGCAACUCUACUCUCUGGGCAACUGACAAACGUUUGAUUGUUUUACGGUUUACGUACACAAACAUGUUGGCUGCUAUUUGACAAUGUUGCUAGAUUAAAGCACUGUAUAGUAUAUAUUGACUAUUGUGUAUGAAUUUCUGUUUUUGAAAGAAGUUGGGAAGUUAGGACCAAGUUAACCACUGCAUAUUAUUGUACUCUUCUGAUGUUAUCUACGGUUCAAUGUUUCUAUAUUUUUAAGUUGGAUCAUUUUUUGUGAUGCAUAAAAAUAUGCAUGGUUAAUUAGGACUAAAUGCCAUGGUUUUGCAGAGAAGUCAUUUUUCUGACAAUGAAUUGAUGAUUUGUAUAGCACAAACAGCAAUUUUGAUUACGCACUGCCACCAAUUCAGAUUUACAUAUAAAUAGCAUUUGAUUCUUUAUGGUAAAUUGAAUCAACUUGACUCAAUUUAUAUAUAAAUAAUAUUUUAUUCGAUUUAUAUAGAAGUAUUCAGGACAUAGGGUAUAACUAAUUUUAGCUUAGGACAUCUGUAUAAUUUAAAACUGAAAUCAUUUUAUUUGGAGGUCACACUUCUCCUUCCGAUGCUCCAAAAUUGUAUAGGUAAUGUCAUAACUCAAACAAUUUAUUUUCAAUUCCUGAGGAUUUUUCACCAAACAGAGGAGCCUCAAUAGAAUCCAUUAACACUCUGCUAGGUUUGACUUGGUUGGUUGUAAAUUAAUAUCUUUUAUUUUUCAUGACUUAAUUGCAGGCUUGCUGCACUUGCUUGGCAAAAUAUGUAGACAACGACGAACUUAGGGAGCUACCAUGCUUUCAUAUCUUUCAUGUAGGGUGUAUUGAUAAAUGGUUAAAGAUAAAUGUAUCCUGUCCUCUUUGUAAAUAUGAAGUUGGUACAAACAAUGAAGGGUCACAUUCGACCAUGGGUUCCAAUGAGCAUUAGAUGAGAAAACAAAAAGGGAGACAAUUCUGUUGUUCGGUGGUAUUCAAUGUGUUAGUAAUUGCUUACAUGAAGUCACGUUACCAAAGAAGAAGCAUUUUCCCUGAUAUUGGUCAUAUUUGGGUUCUUGCCUUGAAGUGUUUUUGUUUUUUUGUUGCUAGAGAGAUGAAGAUAGAUGCAACAUUAGCACCUUUCCCCAAUUUUCCAUAUCAAGUGUUGUUCUAGAAUAUAGGCUACACUAAUCUUGUAUUGUAUGUACGUACAUUGU